UUUUAAAAUGUCGGUCCUUCGGGAGGAAAACGUGUGAAGCAGAUAAGUUCGAAAAUCAACGCAAAGAUGGCAACUGGUUUAAGACAUUUAAAAUUGCCUCUUAACCGCAAAAUAACUAACUUAAAAUCUAAUUAUUUUAAAAUAUCUAAUAGAAAUAAAGAUUCCAAUAAUAAAACUUCUAAAAGAUCAAGCUGGUCUCGCCACUCUCUUUAUUCGGAGAAUUUACACGAGAUAUCAAAUGGAGUGCCAAAAGCACUUAUUAAUCUCUGCAUUAUUAAUCGUUCUCUCCAAGUUUCUUUGCUGAGAACUACUACAGAAGAUCAUAUUCAGGAGAAUUUGGAAAAUGAUAUCAAUGAAGCUCACAAAGUUACAUAUUACUUAAAUGACACUGAUAAAAAGAAUGUUAUGGAGUCACUUAAUCGAUUAAUUUUACGAUGCCCAUUGAGUGAAUGUUCUUCAUAUUCUUAUGAUAGCUUUAAUCUGCCAGUUAAAGUCUACAAUCAUUGGAUGGAUGAUUUAUGUAUCAAAAAUGAAGAUAGUACUGAUUUAAAUUCUAAAAUCACUCAGAAUUUUCCAGUGACUGUAUUUUCUGGUUAUCUAGAUUCAUCUUAUUAUCAGAUGUAUUGUGUUGGUAUGGAAAAAGAAAACUCUUUAUUAAUGCUAUCUGAUUUUGAAGAACAUUUUGUGAGAAAUGCACACUCAAUGAGCUCAAAUAAAGUUCCAGAACCAACAGGUCGUCCUUCAGAAGAACAAUUAAAAAAGGUUUAUCUUUCACUAUCUAAUUCUGUAAGUUAUUUUUAUUACAAUUUUAUUUUAUAAUAAAAUAUGAAUUUAUAAAUCUAUAAUAAUUUAUUAUUCACUCCUUCAU